AUGGCUCCGUCAGCAAUUGCAGAACCGGCCACUCAGGCCGAUGUUUCCAAGCAUGUCCUUGUGAAACCAUGGGUCCGACCGUCAGAGACGACGGAGAAGCUCGAUUGGGCUCCCCUGACGACCAUUGACCUGUCGCGCUUCGAUGAGCCCGGUGGCAAGCAAGAACUUGCGAAGCAGCUCUAUGAUGCCCUCACCAGAGUUGGGUUCUGGGUCGUGACCAACACUGGCAUCGACGACAAGAAGGUCCUUCGCCAGUUUAGCAUUGGUAAUACGUUCUUCAAGCAGCCGUUGGAGGAGAAACGUUUCUUCCCCUGCAACUUUGCCGAAGGCGAGUACUUUGGAUACCGCGAGAACUCGAGAUGGAUUGGUGACACUGGUGUUAAAGAUAACAUUGAAAUGCUCAAUAUUCCCAAGGACAUCCCAGCCCUGGCUGAUGUCCCCAAGCACCCAAUUACGCAGGAAUAUUGGGAGGAGAUCCGCAGUUUCCAUCGUGAACUCUGGGAUAAAGUUGCCCGCAAGCUUUUUGUCCUGAUGUCGAUCAUCCUUGAACUGCCAGAAAACUACCUGGUAGACGCUCACGCUUAUGAUGAGCUAUCGGAUGAUCACCUCCGGUAUAUGAUCUAUAACGUUAGAACCCAGGAGGAAUGGGACAAGGCCCAGGCUUACUCCAAGGGCGGCCAUACCGACUUUGGUAGCUUGACGUUGCUGUUCUCGCAGCAUAUUGCUGGGCUGCAGAUUCGAACUCCAGAAGGAGAGUGGAAAUGGGUUAAGCCGGUCGAAGGAGGCAUCACCUGCAACGCCGCUGAUACCCUGACUUUCCUGACCAAAGGUUUCAUCAAAUCGACCGUUCACCGUGUUGUUACACCUCCCAAGGAUCAGUUGAAUACGCCUCGUCUCGGACUGCUGUAUUUCAGUCGCCCAGGUGACAAGACACCAAUGAAGCCGGUGCCUUCCCCUCUUCUGGAUCGCCUCGGCCUUCUCACUGAAGAGGACAAAGAUCCUAACAGACCUGUUCCAACGGGCACGGAGUACGUUCGAGCACGUGUCAAGGAUGUCCACGAUAAAACCGUCAUCCAUAAGCGGGAAGGAACCGCGUUUGAAUUCAAGGGCUUGAAAGUGCAGAACUAUUAUGAAUAG